CCACAUCUCACCCACUCGACUCACCUAUCCAUUUUUGAGAGAGAAGCUCUUCAAAUCAUCAUCUUCAUCCACCAUAUUCGAACCAAAGCUUAAGGAGAAGAAGGAGGGGAAAGAGAAGAGGAAGAAGGAGGAAAACUUGAGGAUUAACAAGGUGCUUCAAGGACUUUCACGGAGUUGAAAGAGUUGCCGGAGUUGUCACCGGAGUUCGUUGAAGUUCACCGGAGUUUCACCGGGGCUAAAUCGGAAAGGCUAGAACUUUAUAAGCUUCAUUAAGGUUGAGGCUAGAGUCCUACUACCUGCACCUUCGCCAAGGGUGAUUGAUCAAAGAGGAAGACGUGAAAUGGAGGGUAGACACAUGGCUACGAGGAACAACCCGAGAGGGCAAACUCAGGCGACGUCCGUAGGGGCCAGCCAGGUUGCAUCUCGGGGUGCGAGAGGCGGUAGGAGAGGCCGUGGAGGUCAUCAGGCUCAAACCGUGAGCGAUGGCCAUGUUAGCUCGGUGCAUGGGACUCACACCGAGGAUUAUGACUCAACAUAUGUUCCCGAGACGGAACAUGAGGAGACCCCAUAUGAUGGGGGUGACACGUACACUGAUGAUGACAAUGAUGAGAGUGAUGCCAAAUUCGCCCAGAUGGGUGAAUUGUUUGAGUGGUAUCAAAAGGAAAAGCUGAGGAGAGAUCUUAGGCGCCAAGCUAGGCGUGCCUCUCAGGGAGGUUCGGGUCAGGGAAGCCGGGGGGCUUCAGUGGCCAUCCCUGUGGCGACACAGGGGGUACAGGGG